AUGUCGCUGUACCGCAAGAACGAAGCCAUUACCGUCAUCACCGCCCACGACUUUCCUUCAGCACAUGUAGCCGACCAAGCAGGCAUAGACAUGGUGCUAGUCGGCGACUCCCUCGCCAUGGUAGCCCUCGGCAUGGACGACACCAGCGAAGUCCUCAUGGAGGAGAUGCUGCUCCACUGCCGCAGCGUAGCCAGAGGCGCCAAAUCUGCUUUCCUCGUUGGCGACCUCCCCAUGGGCUCGUACGAGAUCUCACCCGACCAAGCGCUUCAAUCCGCAAUCACCAUGAUCAAGACUGGUCGCGUGCACGCCAUCAAACUCGAGGGAGGCGCUGAAAUGGCUCCCACCAUCAAGAAAAUCACAUCCGCCGGUAUCCCCGUCCUCGCUCACGUCGGCCUCACACCACAACGCCAAAACUCUCUCGGAGGCUUCAGAGUUCAAGGAAAGACUACGGCAAGCGCAUUGAAGCUACUACAAGAUGCAGAGGCAGUGCAAGAGGCGGGAGCUUUUGCCAUGGUCGUGGAAGCCGUCCCCGCUGAGGUUGCGACUUUAGUAACCAAGAAGCUGCGGGUUCCUACCAUUGGCAUUGGCGCUGGCAAUGGCUGUUCAGGUCAAGUGCUUGUUCAAGUCGAUAUGCUAGGCAACUUUCCACCCGGCCGCUUCCUGCCGAAGUUCGUAAAGAAGUACGGUGACGUCUGGGGUGAGUCCACAAGGGCGAUGCAGCAAUACAAAGAGGAGGUUAAGAGCAGAGCAUAUCCUGCUGUGGAGCACACCUACCCCAUGCCUGAGAAGGAGCUAAAAGAAUUCAUGGGCUUGCUUGGAGAGACGAAAGUGGAGAGUGAGGCUUAG